CAGAAGUCCGGUAAGUCUGAGAGGAAACGCCACCACUGCUCGGACGCCAUGACCUCUCCCACACCAUUGCUGACGGUGGGAGAUGGACAAAAUAUUUCAGGCGGCCCUUCUCAUUCGGGCGCCAACCCGAAAUCGGGUUUAAGACCCUCCACCCGGGAGGACGACUAUGAUGUACGGGCGACACGCUCUGCUAAGCGGUCAAAACCCGAUUCAUACAUUGAAGAAUCGGAGGCGGAGUCUGAGGCAGAUUAUGAGGUGUCUUUACCCUCUUCUAUCGAAGGCGAUGAAGAGGAGGUAGGUGAUAUGGAGGAGUGCGACCCCACCGGGUCUGCUACUGCUACGGGCAAUCCGCACGCCAUAUUGGACUCCCUGGGGGUGCCAUUUUUUGACCCGGACGACAUUAAACAUCCCAGGUCUGGGGAAUGGUCCCCGCUGCCGCAGGUGGCUAAAUAUGUGGAGGCGUGGCUACGGAAACCUUUAGAUCGCAGUAACCGCAGCAAGUUGCGAUCGGAAUGUCCGCGUCCUUCAGUGGCCAACAAGGUCGCGGCUACUCCUGAACUGGACCCGAUUCUUAUUAAAUACUUGCUAAAAUCUGGUAAAAACCCGAAGAAGGGUCUGGACAGAUCCUUCAUGUCCGUACAGGACAAAUUGUUGGACGUCUUGGGACCGCUUACCAAAAUUCUCAACAUGGCUGAGCAUGCGGUGGCAACAGGCGGCUUGGUGGACGCGGGUGUCCUCAGAAACUGGGCCUUGAGGGCCACGUGUCUGUUGGGCAAUGCAAACUCAGCGAUGUCCGCUGAGCGGCGUCGCUCGAUACUGAUGAGGCUGGACCCGCAGCUGACACACUUAGCUACCGAAGAGCCGGGCCCAUCUGCUGAGGGCCUCCUGUUUGGAGAUUCUCUGAUUAAAAACAUCAAUAAAUUCGUAGGAUUGUUCUCCAGCCUAGAUAAGGCGCAAUCCUCGUUGAAAAAAUCCGCUAAGGUUUUCGGCAAAGCCGGAAGGGGCAAGGGUCGACCUUCCGGCAGAGGUGCUUAUUUUCGACCCUAUGCUAGACCCACCGUCCAGUAUGUGCAGGACAGACCUCAACCUCAGGCGGCCCCUGCACCCGUGCCAACCAACCCCUUUUACCCAACCCGAGGACGGCCCUGGAGGGCACGUGGUACUUCCAGAGGUUUCUCCAGAGGCAGGACCACAGGGUAUUGAAUGCUGCAUCCGAGUGAGUACCGUUGGAUGAAUUUUCUGUUCCUCCGGGUUUCGGACCUCUUUGUUGGAGGUCUGUGGAUGGAUCGUUUUCCAGUUCUUACCAGACAAGAUUGAGUUCUACAGUUCGACGAAGAUUGGAUCCGCCGUGGGAUUCGUGUUGCUGUUCUACUUGCUACGCCUUUCUCCUGGUCUGCCGUAUCGGUUGCGGUGGACUGUCUGCAUAAAGAAAGAGGAGGAGGUGGAGCUGGACUUGGUUAAUAUGGACUUAGGUGG